GUCUGCAAUCCAGAAUAAAAACAAGAAACAUUAGAAAAUCGUCAUCACAGUGAAUCAUAUUCCGUGAAGUACCUACUGUUUAUUUAUUUUAGUGUCYCAUCAAGACAUAAGACAUGAAUUUGAAAAUUUCUGUCAUUUUGUUCGCAGUGGCGACGCUUCUCCAGCUAUCUCACGGUAUACCAACGCAUCGUUAUGCUAGACAGGCAACAGAUUGGUCAGCUAAAAUCAAAGAAUACUUCAGUAAGAUUCAGGGUUACGGAUCAUCUGAAUCACAGACAUCACCGUCAUCAAAUCAGCCAGAAUCAUCAACAUAUCAACAUAUGCAAAGUUAUCAAAACAUGAUUCCAAAUAUGCAAAGUUACCAAAACAUGAUUCCAAGUGGAAUGAGUGGUUAUUAYCCGAGCCAAAUGCCUCAAUCGAUGAAUCCUAGUGGUUACUUUGGUUCAAUUCCAGGAAGUCCUAGCGGCGCUGCGGGCAGUGCAGGGUCUGCAUCCGAACCAGAAGYUUCGAUAGCUGCUAAAGAAGGAAAUCCUACAUCAUCCGGGGGCUCAUCAGCUGGAAGUUACGUUCCAGAUAUGCAAAGUUAUCAAAACAUGAUUCCAAAUAUGCAAAGUUACCAAAACAUGAUUCCAAGUGGAAUGAGUGGUUAUUACCCAAGCCAAAUGCCUCAAUCGAUGAAUCCUAGUGGCUACUUUGGUUCAAAACCSACUGGUUCAUAGAGUAAAUGGUGCAAGUCAAAGAUAAUAAGCUGGCUCACCUAAGUUUAAGAACAUAUUUAAUUUACUGAAACAUAUGUACCAACGARUAAUACAUAGGUUAGGUAUAUUAUAUACAAAUUAAAUUACAUAUAUGUUUAUAUUCUCUUAAUCUAUUUAUAAAUUUAAA